CAGAUCCGCACUUUCGAAUCUCGGACUCGCAUUCAACACUACCUACACCUACUCGUCGACGUCUACUGCGGCGGGUGCUGUGCUAAGGCUUGUUGGGGAUACAGAAGCAGGGGGAGCAGCAGGAGUAGCAGCAGGAGCAGGAGUGGGAGCAGCGAGGGAUAUGUUAACCAGCACAGGUGUGGGAUUCUGGACGUCCAAAUGGGCGCUGAGCAACAUACUCAUGCCAAUCCUCCUCUACCGCAUCCAGAACCUCCAUAUCCCCCGUACGCGUCUUCGUCGUGCCCUACGCCAAUUCCCCCCAGCUUGGUGGACUCUCUUCCUCCCCCUGCCGUUUCCCAUCAACCCCCGAAGGCUGAGGACCCGCCUCAUCCUGCGUGCGGGCACGCUCUUCUUCCUCCUCCGCAGCUGGGUCGUGCUGGUCGUUAUCGCCCUUCAAGGAGCGGGGUACUGGCCCUCGCCUUCCCCGUCCAGCACUGGAACUACCGCACCUGGUGCACCGGGAAUGGGGUUGGUGAUACAAGCGUGUGGCGCGCUGUCAGCGUGGGUCGACAAGAUGCCCUUCGAGAGUGUGUGCUGGAGUGCGUACAAGUCCGUGUGUGCUGCCAUGCUCUGGGGGACUUUUCUGGGAAACAUGGAGGGUCGAGGUGGGGGAGAAGUGUCGUUUAACCUCUUCCCAUUCGGCCUCCUGCUCUACACCCAUGCAUCCCUCGUCCCCCUCUCCCCGUCCCCUCCU